AGUUGCUGGCGAAAGGGGAGAUCCAAUGGAUGACCAGCGACACGACCACGGAACGGAUGGUCACCAAGACGCCGUUGCUCGCCAACGAGCGCGCCAACUUUGCUUUGGUCAACCACAAAGUCAAGCAACUCGGUCAAGUGCCGGUGCUGCUGCCGCUGUUCGACUCGGAGCACCUUCCCGAAGAAAAGUGCAUCCUCACGUUUCUCGCGUACUUGCACUCUCGGCUCCUUGGAGCCAGUCGCGAGAUCCACGCAGCAUUCUGUCUCCAGCGUUGGUGGGUGCAGCGAUCUCGACUCAAGCAGCAGGACGCCCUGGAAACACAACAAAAUGACGCCGCGAUGGCUAUCCAGCGGUGGACGCGGCGGGGGCUGCAGAUGUGGCGGUGUCGACAGACUUGGACUCAGCUGGCAUUCCAACUGACGCUGGCGCUUCGCGAGGAAUCUGCCGAGAACGUGCAAGACGAGGGCAUCCCGCUGCGAUGUCAUCUCAAGCAAGCGCUGGCCAUCCUCGAAACGUCGCCGUGGGUGCACCAGGUGCUGCAGGCGGUGAAAACGCUGGAAAUAUGCGUGCGGGUGUCCAAGGAGUGCCGCGUCGAGUGUCUGGCCCACCGCGUGCCUCGGUUGCUGUACAAGACGAUUCGAAAAUACAACCGCAGUCGUCGGCACUCGGAGCUGCUGCACCAGUUGCUCCAAGUGUGUUUGUAUUUGACGCCUUCUCGUGGAGAGGCUACAACGACCAUGUCGACACUGGUGGCGGCGGAUGGUCAAGAUGUGGAUGGCGUUGCCGAGAGUCUGGAGCUGUGGAUGGAUAUGCUCCAUAUGCACCGCGAGUCGACGGAUUUGUUUACCCUGAGCGCACGUCUAUGCAAGCGGACGCUGGCCACGCUCAACGCGAACAAGUGGUCCAUUGACAAAGCGCUGUGGCGGUUGCGCCACUUGCAUGCGAUGAUGGCCAAGACGGCCAAGACCCAGUGGAACGUGGACCGCGUGGCGCCGAUGACCCACUAUACAAAGGAUCACUUGCAUCCGCAAAAAGCAGCGUCCAUACUGCACGCCCUCGUCGACGUGGUGUGCAUGAUACCAUAGUACAUUAACGAUACUAUACAUAUU